AUGGAGCAAGAUGGCAGCCGCCGCCGGCGCCGGCGCCUCUGGCCGACGUACCGUAUCAGCGACCUGCCGGACGACGUGCUCCACCGCAUCCUCCUCCGCCUCGGCUGUGCCCCAGCCGCCGCACGCACCAGCGUCCUCUCCUGGCGCUGGCGCCGCGUGUGGGCGCGCCUCCCCGGGCUCGUCUUCCGCGACUACGGCCAGCUCCGGAACCGCGCUUUCCUGAGCUCCGUCGACGGCGGCCUCGCCCGCUACUCGUCCCCAACGCUCCGAGGCCUCUACAUCUCUAUGUUCCACGUGGCGUCCCGCGUCCCCACCGCCCGCGUCGCCGGGUGGCUGCGCUUCGCCGCGGUGCACGUCGCCGGCGACCUCUGCCUCUGCCUCCCCUGGCGCCCGGCGGGUGGGGACGCCGAGGAGCUCGGGCUUCCGCUCUGUGUGGGGGCGCGGACAAUUCAGCUCAGCCUCGGCCACGGCUUCCGGCAGCUCCGGCUUCCCCGGUCGGGGGCGUUCGCCUCCCUGACCUUGAUGGCGAUACGGGACGCAAGGAUCGACGCCCGCGACCUGGAAAGAGUCGUGUGCUGGCAGUGCCCGUUCUUGCUCGAGCUCCACCUGGUGGCGGUCUCUCUGGUCGCCGUCUCCGACGAGAUCAUCUUACGCUCCACCUCGCUCAGGCGGCUGAAUUUCGACGUCGGGAACACCAGCCGGCUAGUUCUCGACACUCCAUCCAUCGAGGAGCUGAGCGUAUCUAAGCUCGCCAAGGUGUCGGUCGCCGCCCUCAAUCCCGCAGAGACUGUUCCCCUCCGUGACGCCGAUGAUCCUCGCCGCCGCCGGCUUCCGGCACGGCACCUGCGGUGGCUGGCGGUGAAGGGAAGAAGUCACCAGGUGAUGCCUGUGCUCAUGCGGCAUUUCGACACCGUCGAUCAGCUGGAGCUGGAUCUUGCAGUUUCAUCGGGAGAGGAGUACAAGUCCUUUCUGAGGGCAACGAACAAGCUUGCCAAGUGCGAUGUUUUAGUGGUGAAACUGACGACAGAAUGGCAUGCCUAUGAACCAAGCUUGUUGUAUCUCCUCAGGAAACCAGUUGGUACAAGAAAAGUUGUGGUUCAUCUGCCAUGGACGACGGAGUGUUCCGACUGUUCACCAUGCUUGCCUGGCUGUACUUGUGGCCGUAAAGGGAGUCUGAAUACCGACUACAUUAAGCUUGAGUCUCUUGAGGUGGUGGAAAUCAAUGAUUUUACCGGAGAAGAUCAUCAGGUGAAGAUUCUGAAGCUGCUGCUUUCGUGCAAGAGCAUCUCUGCCAGCAGGAUCGUCGUCAACAUAUCGCGCCUCGUCCGCUCGCUAGGCGAAGCGACAUGCCAGAGGAUAAGGGACGAAGCUCAUCAUCCGGGUCCAGAUAUCAGGUUCAAUGUGUGGCUGAAUGGGAGGUGGGAGCCAUAUGCAUGA